AUCAGUCAGUGGAGCAGAGGGGCGGAACCCUGAUCAGACCCCUCAGUCCCCCCAAAUUCAGAUCCCACACUCUUGGAGACACUGCAGUUUAAACAAGGAGGAAGCUCGUCACUCUUUAAUAAUAUCUCGGCUUUAAGGAGAAAGGAAUUUACGUGUCGCAACAUGACCUCUUUGAGAAAGGUUCUUUAUCUUGGAGUCUACAUGGCUUCUUGGAUGAUCGUUAUUGCAGUCGAAGACUCACCCAGAGCAGAGAACGUACGUUGGGUGUCUCUGGAUUUUAAAACCCUUCUGAAAUGGACCGCAGCGCCAUCAAAGUACACAUUUACUGUCCAAUUCACUUGGGAACACAGCGAUCAGUGGAUGAAAAGUCCCAACUGCAUCCAAAUAACGGAGACCGAGUGCGAUCUGUCCAACGAACUUCAACCCCGCAACAGGGAGUAUACAGCUGACAUCCUAACCGAAUCAGACGAUGACGUUGACUAUGGUCUGGACGAGUUUCCUCACACUUUGUCGCCAUCCUUCAACCCCUAUCAACAGAGUGAGAUCAGUGCUCCGGAAUUCACAGUGGAGGUGGUGGAAGAGGGCAAAGCCAGUGUGACCAUUGAAGAUCCGCUAACCAGUUUCCAUAAGAAUGAAAAUCAACUCAGCAUUCGGGAUAUUCUGAAGAAUGACCUCCAGUACAAGAUCAGCUAUUACAAGUCUGGAAGUACAGGAAAACGUGACAUCAUCACCAAGUCCAAUAGAGGAGAAGUGGCAGGGUUGGAUGCCGGUCAGAGUUACUGCUUCAUGGUGGCGGCUUACAUCCCAUCAAGAUCCAAACCCUACCAACAAGGAGCCUGGAGCAUCCAGCAGUGCACUCCUGGACAGACCAACGUCUUCCAAGAACUGAGUCUUGGAGCUUUGGUCGGCGGACUUUUCAUCCUGGUAAUUGUCCUAAUAACCAUCAUCACGGUGACCGUUCUAUGCUGCAAACGAAGAAACAGAAGCUCACAAACAUAUCAGUCGUCUACUGUUGUUUAAUCCAGGGGUGUCAAACGUUUAUCUGCCUGACAAGCACCUUGUCGCUCAUUCAUACUGUACAUACAGAAUCGCGUGCUUUUACAGGUAGUCAGUCCCCGGGUUAUGAACGAAUUCCAUUCCUACGCUGGCACCGUAACCCAAAUUUCCGCUUAAGUCGGAUAUAACCCUUUAAGUACGCCUAAAUUUCAAAAUAACUAUCCAAAAAGUCAAAGUAAUGAUAGAGGAUACACUGACCUCUGGUGGCAGGGUUAGGUCUGGCUGGACUGUCGUUUUGUAUGCAGUGGCGCCUCCAGAAAUUUUUUCAUAGGGGUGGCCAGAUAUAGUAGAGGUGUGCAUCGGCACUGCCCUCACGAUUCGAUUCUAUUCAGAGGGUCACGAUUCGAUUCUGUUCGAUUCGGCAAUGCAUCGCGAUGCAUUAAAGCCAAUAGCAAUAGCAGCCGACGAGUUAACACCAAAGUGACCUAAAACCAAAUGGAAGCACAACAAAUGGUGUUAUACUUGUAUAGUGCUUUUCUACCUCUCAAGGUACUCAAAGCGCUUUACACUACAUUGCCAUCUACCUACUGGUGACACAGCACCAGGCGCAAUGCAGGGUUCAGUAUCUUGCUCAAGGAUACUUAUACGAGUUCAUCAGGGUGGGGAAUCGAACCCGCAACCUCUGGGUUGGAGGACAACUACUCAGUGACAUGCGGUAAGGUUCAUGGUUGGUGAGGCACUGACUCCUUUAGUGUCAGAUUUCCAAAUAUAUAAACCAAAAAGGGUAGCUUAUUCAAUUGGCUACUGGUUAUUUCAUAUCUCAUCAGCAUUCUUCACAAAACACGCGCACACGGUACAUAUUAUCUAUACGUAAAAGUAAGAAAAUAUCAUGCAUUUGCGCUACACCCUCAAUGUGUUGGCCGUCGCAAUUCUAUAAUUCAUGCAACAUAAAUGAGAGUAAAGAGUGGUGUACAAAACCACAGAAUUCAAUUCUGACCUUUAGUGAAAUAUUCAGUUGUUUUUAAAACUUUUAAUUCUGAUACUUUAAUCAAUUUAUUACAGAUUGCUAAACAAAAAGUGUGAAAAGAAAAACAAAGGAUAUUUUAUUUAAGUCCAAAAUUUAGUUUUUAAAUAUUCUAUUGUAUUUUUCUUGGUCUAAGCUUUUUUUUUUUUUUUUUUUAAAUUUUUUAAUAAGAUUGAAAUGAAAACUGUUUGUGGUCUUGCGCCUGUCCUUCACCACAAAAACCACCGUUACUUUGGAAGGGCAUAGGUUUGGUCUCAACAUUCGUAGGGACGAUAUAACAGCAUCACCUGCAUAUAGGUACACUUUUUGCUGGGGACGGGACAUUAAUAAGACCAAACAGAUUGGAUGAAGGGGGCAAAGGGCCACAUUUCUCAUGUAUAUGAACCUAAAUAAUUAAUAGGCAAAAAUGAUCAAUGCAAAAUAAAUCCUUAUCUACUGAUAAUAACUUUUACGUGCAUUGAUUCAGAUGACACACUGUUCGAUUCAAACCUUUGUUUUCAAAAAAUACUAAAGAAACAUUUUGAAAACUUCCUGAAUAAAUGUCUGGUUUUUAUUAGCAAACAUAAACAUAAGGAAAAUAAUUCACUUAAUAAUGGUAGGGUCAAUUCUAUCCUCGCAACAUAUGGAACUAUUGAAAGAUCUAAAUUCUCUAUAUAACUGAACAUUAUAUCAAGCAAAAAAGGUAAGGUUGCUUAAAAGUUGGUGGGGACAAUUUUAGCAUCCUGAAAAGUUGGUAGUGUUAUGUCCCUACCGUCCCUAUGCAAACCUACGCCCUUUUUGUAAAAGUCCUCCUUAUUUUCCUUUACUUUAAAAAAUCUCUCCCCCUCAAUGGAGAGGAUUGCUUCAAUUAGAUCGUUCUGUGUUCUAUUUGACAAGCCAGAAAACACAGUGGAUGUGUCCAAAUGUCUAGCUAAAUUUUCAUCUUUCUCAGCAAAACCAUGAAAUCGUUCUACAUAUAUGCCACGUUUAGAAGAGCUUACACGCUCAUCGUUACCACGAAAUGUUAACUCCAGUUUAGCUUAGGAUGCAGGUUGCAUUAAUGAGGUCUUUCAAACUCUUUCGGUUUUCCUUUACCUUGGGCGUUGUGAAUGCUACCGUUGAGCUUCCGCUGUCCGUCAAAGCCAAAUCGAUUCUUGAGCUUCCAAAAGUUUUUAAAGCAAUCAGGCUUUAAAUGUGAGUGGUCGAGCUCUCAUGUUUGCUGAGGCUUCGUGGUAGAUUUUUAAUGUCACAAUAUCUCGUGUUAGUCCAGACAUUGGCACAAGUUGAGAAGAAAAGGCAGGGAAAGCAGCAAAGGCGAUUUUUCGAAGGACAGCCACAUAGCCAGUCUUUUCGGGUGUACCAGUCCGUUUGAAAAGCGCGAGUUAUCUUCUGUCCCGUAGUUUGAAGCAAACCUUUUAGCUCCGGUGUUGUUAAUCGCGUCCACUUUUGACGGAAAGUCCAGUUUCACGUACGCCCCCAUUCAGUGCGGCAGAGUACUAUCUGCCGCAACCUGUGCCUUUUCACUGCUGUUUUAUUUCCCAUCAGCAAAACUAAAUAUGUCGCUAACAAACAUUAAACUUUAAGGGUUAAAGACAUUAGCCAGACUGUGGAAAAUCAGGUCAAAUAAACGUAUCUGGAAACAUUAUAAUGGCGACAUGCAGAUGUACGGCAACCAGCACACUCCAAUUCCAUGUAUCAACCCAGUUUGUUAUGGAUUGCGAAAUCAGAGGUGAGGCUUUACUCGUUGCUGCCGCACCUCUCGUUUCAUUUCGUUAUUUGAACAGGAAAUGGGCAAAUUCAGCGAUUUUGACUAUAAAAAAUGUUUGAAAUGAGUCAUACAUUAAGAGCAAUGAACAAAUAUUAAUAUAAAUUUGAUGCUAUAAUUAUUUUUUUGUCAUGAUGACAGCUGAGGCUCUGCCUCACCUGCCUCCCCGGACCGCACGUCACUGCAACUACUCCACCACUGAGCCAGGCCAUCCUCAAAAACAAAAUAAACAGGAAGCAGAAAUGCCCGAGAAAUCAACUCGCGUUUGUCCGUCAUGCUAGAUGCAUGUAAAUAGUGUACAAAUGGAUGUUUACUGAGGUAAACCUACCAAUUCUGUCCGAAAAUGAUGUCCCCGGUGCCAAAUUCACUGGUAAAGAUGUGGAACUUGAACAUGCACGAAAACUCACCAAAAUUUGCACAUACAUGCGGCUUUGCGUAACGUUCAAUAAUCUUGCAACGUUACUAAAACAUGUAACAAAAUGGCUCAGUGGCGCCCCCUUGAAUUUUUCAAAAAGGCCUCUCCAUUUAGGUUUUUUCAACGUAGCGGGAUGAAAUUCGGAGAGUCGUUACCUUGUACAAAACUGCUCCAAAAAGUCUCUUGCGCGUGCAUUCCAAACCCAACAGGAAAUCGGGUAUUUUGGAUUGAAUGUGAAAUUUUUAUCGAUUUACAGUGUGCACAUUUGAGACCUUGGCACCUAGGGAAUUUGUUUGAUCAUCCUCAAAAUUGACGAGACUGUUCAUGAGGGAUAUGAAAUCUUAAGUUAUUAAAAUGGUGUGUUUUCAUUCACGCGCCUGACCUGGGCGGGGUGCCAAAGUCGGCCAUUUUUUCGGCAAAACACCGAAUUCAAAAAAUUACUGAUAACUCCCUCAUACAUUGUUCAAUCUAUUUUAAAUCUGGCAUGUGUGUGAGGUAUCCCAGCCUGAGCAGGACUGGAUUUAAAAUUUACCAUUUGUGCCUGGCGCCUCCUAGUGGGAACAGGAAAUGCCCUUUUUUACGGGACACACUCCUCCUCUAAAGGGAAAAAAAAUCAAUGUACCUCAAACCUGCAUAAGGGGAGCCUUAAGACAUGUGUUCAGAUGCCUGAUGAAAAUGAUUGAGGUUUGGUUGAAGCAGAGGGGUCCAACAGGAAAGUGAUAAUGACUGUCACCAUUCUGUCUCUCCACACAUUUUGAACAGUCAUAACUUGGUAGAUAUACAUGAUAUCUGCUCCAAACUUCCCAUGCUUGGUGAAAGUCUUACCCUGAAGAGUCCAGUAGUGGUCAUUUGCAUCGACUCUGUAGCGCCAACUAGUGGCAGCAGAAUUUGUGGCCAUUGCAUGCUCGAACACUGAAAAACAAUUUUUCAUCCCAAAAAAAGAAGUGAGUUUAAAGCAUGUUAGGUUCUCAUUAGAUGAUUAGAGGGGGGCUGUCUGCCACCACCCCGACCUGCGUGACGUCCGAGUUGCGCCAAAGUGCGAGGGCCUAGUUCUUUUUAUAAUGGCAAAUGAAAAUCGCCAAUUUGGAGGUCUCAACAUGCUAAAAAACUCACCAAAAUUUGCACAAACAUGCGGAUUCACGAAAAUUUCGAUAAUUUGGCAACGUUGUGAAAAAAUGUCCCAAAAUGGCUCAGUGGCGCCCCCUGGAAUUUUGAAAAAAGGCCUCUCCAUUGAGGUUUUUUCAACGUAGAGUGAUGUAAUUUGGGAAGUCGAUAUCUUGUGUAAAAAUGCUUCGAAAAGUUUCUUGCACCCAUAUUCCAAACCCAACAGGAAAUCGGAUAUUUUGGAUUAAAUAUUGAAAAACAUGCCAUUUUUGUCGUAAACCAGGGUGCACGUUUGAGACCAUUGCAUCAAGGCAGUUAGUUGGAUCCUCCUCAAAAUUGGUGAGACUCUUCAUGAGACAUAUGAGAUGUUAAGUUAUCAAAAUGGUGCGUUUUUGUUCACGGGCCUGACCUGGGCGGAGUACCAAAGUCGGGUUUAUUUGGGGAUUAGGGUUAGGGUUUAGGGUUGGGGCUUCUUCAGGGCAAAUGAAAAUGCCCAAUUUGAAGUUCUGAACAUGCUUGAAAACUCACCAAAAUUUGCACAUAUCAAAAUGGUGACUUUUCAUUCACGGGCCUGACCUUUUUUUUUUUUUUUUUGUGUGUGUUAGGGUUAGGGUUAGCGUCACACUCUGCUACUUCUUCUGUGGGUGAAAAAAAUACUAUGUACUUUUCAAUGAAAUAAAUUAGGGAUAAAGGGAUAAAUUGGUUCAUCUGAUGACAGCAGUGAAGAACUGCUGUGACUCAUUAAAACUGUUGCUUCACACUCUGCUACUUCAUCUGUAGGAGAGAAAAGAUACAAUGUAUUUUUCAUCAUGCCAAAGUCGAUGGGAGGUCAAAGUUGUACUUUUUUUUUUAACGAAACACCAAAUUCAGAAAAUGACUAAUAACUCCAAGACACAACGUUCAAUCUUUUUCAUAUUUGGCAUGUACGUGAUGUACUUCAUUGAAAUAUCACCCAUUUGGCCUGGCGCCCCCUGCUGGAAACAGAAAAUGGCCUUUUUUAUGAGACCGACUCCUCCUGGAAGGGAAAAAAAACCUAAUGAGCCCCCCCCCCCAAAAAAAAAUUGCUGAAAAAAAAUGGAGAAAUUAUUAUUAUUAGGUGUUUGUUAUGUCUUAUUUUCUUGUAUUAUUCUUUUUUCAUGGCAAAUGAAAAUGACCCUUGCUUUUUUGACAUUAUGUCGAAGCGUAGGCAAAAUGUAUUUAGCAUCCCCCCCAAAAAAAUCACCGAAAAGAAAUUGGAGAAAUACGCUCGACCACGGGCCUGUUGAGUCCUGCUUGCAGGGCUAGUUUAUAUUGCUAUUUUUGUGUGGAAAAGGUAACAACAGUGGCAGUCGGACACCAUUUUAAUUUUUUUCAGGUCAUUCAUCGUCAGACAGAAGCAGCACGGCAAAACGCCACGCUAAAAAAUCAGUAAAAAUAUCAAAAUGGCUUACCUCUUCGUCUUCUGUAGGACCAUGGCCCCCAACAAAAUGUUUACUGCAUAUGAAGGCGUUAAACUGCUCUUUUGACGUCCGCACAAUUGGAUCCAUUGUUCACAUUUUUUCCCUCUGAGUUUUUGGCUUCAGGAAAACAUGUCAUAAUGUCUAGAGUCGUUUCUACAAGUUA